AUUCACUUCUAUUUUCUCUUUCGGGUUUAAUUGUCCAAUUACGAUGUGAAUGAUUGAGCAGAUCUGAUCGAGUACGGGGGAUUGAAAGUAGAGGCUUCACUGAAUUUAUUUAUUAUCAGCAGUAACUAUUCAUUUCCGCCCGCAUCUUCUCACAAUGCGCGGGACUAAUAGUAUUUCUCAUUGAGCGUUAAAUAAACGGUUAUUUUGAGAGUGAUUUUUUUAAAAAGAUCGUGGAUUAAACUCGAAGUUAAUUUUCAUCUCACCGAGCAACGCGAAGAACUUGAUGAAAAGUGGAGAAGCUCGAGGAGUUUAUCUCCCGUAAAUCACUCUACGUUCGCCAGAAAAAUCAGAGGCUGAGAGUGAUAUUGUGUGGGUUACGCCAGCCUCUGGACCACUUACUCAAUUAAAUGAACUUGAUCAAAGAUAAAUUGACGGUACCGAGUGAAAAAGAUAUAAAUAAAUAGAGCGGAUUAUUUUUUUGGUGAUUAUGUUGAGUGUUGGGGUGGUGAGUUGUGGAAUACCUCUGGGAUAUGGCUUUAAUGGCCGGUGGGUGUGAAUUGUAAGGGAUUUUAUUGGGACCGGGAGUUUUGGAAUCUGUGGGGAUCUGUUAGGAGCCACGAGGUAACAACAGAACAACUUCGGAGUGAUGCCGUGAUGGGGCGCGGCUCCAGCUCGUUCUUCAUAACCGCAACCCUCGUGGGCGCAAUUCUCUUGAAUAUCCUGAUACUUGAGACGUCAGGGGCUAACCGUGUACGGCAGUAUGGCUCAACGGACUCACCAAAAGGAGGUGGAUCUGUCAAUGAGGCGGGGGUUUUUGCUCUGCGUGGGAGACAGGAGGGCAGUAGGAGAUCUAGAAGAACCACUACAAGCACACAGAAAACGACCGCCUUAGCCGUUGCUCCGACAACACUCACCUCAACAUCUGAGGAUGUUGCUCGGCCCGCAGCACUUCUCGCACCAGAUGAUCAAACAUGGUUUGUCGCUUCUACUCCGGCACCCGAAAACUUUCCGUUAUCAAUAGGCACUUCGAGACUACCACCACUUGAAAUUGUUGUCAAACCAGCGGACAAAGUCAUUUUGCCGUGUGAAUUGGGUGGAAACUAUUCCACGCUACUACCAAUCACCAGCAGGAGUUAUCGAGUACGACCUGCCAAGUGGCUGCACAAUGACACACCAGUUGACAUGAUAACAAUAAAUACGGAGAAGGAGAUAAGUGGUACGGGUCACAGGUACAUCGGGGACUUAAUCUCAGCAUCUCUGCACAUCGAUAAUGCUAGACUGGAGGAUGAUGGCCUGUGGAAAUGCAUCAUAGAGACCGAUCGUGGAGAGCUACUCGCUGGAAGACUGGUGAAACUUGUCAUUCUCGAGGCGCCACGGGGGACUUAUCUUCUGAUAGAUAGCCGACGUUUGGACCCAGGAAAUCAGUUUGUACCCGUGAAGGAGGGCUCAGACCUGACACUGGAAUGCGCUGCUGAGGGUGGCAAUCCACCUUCAAUCUUGUCCUGGGGUAUGACACUCUCUCAAACAACACUUGAUGGACCCGAACAGCCACCGGACAAUCUCACUGUUGUACCAUCAGCACGAGCUGGUCACAGUGGUGCACAUCUCAAGGUACUGAGGGGACAUCACAAUGCAACGAUUAUAUGUACGGCACGCCAUGUCACAUUGACAAUGCCGUUGAAUGCAAGCAUACUCCUUGAUGUUCAGUAUACUCCGUCAUUCGCAAUAACGCGUUUACCCGGCUUCGGAAUACCCAUCAUCGAGGGGAUGUCCGUUAGUCUGAAAUGCGAGGUGGACAGCAAUCCGUCAAGUUUACCGGUGUGGCAACGUGAUAAUGGACCGCCACCGGUCGAGCAGAGUGAUGAUGGCUGGCUUAACUUUACGAAAAUCAGUAGAAAUGACAGUGGAUGGUAUAAAUGUUACACCAGACACAUUUCGGGGGUUUUCUCCAGUAUCGGAUAUUUUCUUCAUGCACGACUGAAUCCGGAUUUGGAGCUUGAGGCUGAGGCGUUGAAUGGCGAGGCAACGGAUUCGCGAAAAGUUGAAGUACAAAUUGGUGGUGCUGUUACGCUUGAGUGUGAUGGUGGGUGUUGGGGGCAUGGAUCGGGUAUGGAACCUGCUGGUGGACCUGGUGCUCUGGUACUGGGAAGAGUCGUUUAUCAGGAUGCUGGGGAGUAUCGGUGCGUUGCGCCCGAUCGAAAAUUACAGGAUACGUGGAGGGCACAGUUGCCUUAUCAAAUCAAAGUUACAGGAGGCCCGAUGGUUCACCCAGAGUCUCAGACUGUAACGGUUUCAGAGGGUGAGACCUUAAAACUAGCGGUUGAAUUUUGCGUCGAGUCGUCUUACACGAAACUUCUCUGGUUGUCUUCGGAGAGUGUCUAUACACCUGGGGGCAACGAACGAAAUGGUGUUCGUGUCUUGGAAGUCGAGCACGGGGGUAAUGUAGCCUCAUGCUUCAGGACAAGCCUCCAGAUCGAAACCGUCCAGUUGUCCCACGCGGGUGAGUGGCUAAUGAUCGUACGAUCACCCUCUGGUACCGCAGAUGCAUCCAUAUCGGUAAACGUGACACAAGCAUCAAGCUUCAGCAAUGGCCACAGCCGUGUCCACACUAGUCCAAUUGUAUUCAUCUGUCUCACUCUCUUCCUACAAUUACGACCCAAUUAAUUUACCUUGGAACAUUUUGCGGUGGUAAGCACUUCAGUAUGUUCUAAUGUGGUUUCCGGACGAUUCGACUGUCGAAAAUUCAUCAGUGGAUGCCAUGGACGAACCCACCGGUGGUUUUCACUGAUUUAUCCACGAAAAUUAUAUAGUCAACAGACGAAUAUUCCAUCUUUGACAACAUUAAUUAUGGCCAACCCUCGAUUCAAUAAUAUUUGCUUAGUAUGGGAGGGGAUAUAUUUUUGCUUUCGCGUUUUUCAGGGGUUUGGGUGAGUUCGGGGGAACCACAGGUUUUUUGGCUUUGUUUUUAUUUUAACGAGGUAUUCAGACUGCAUCCGGGGUUUAAUGUAAUGUUAUUAUAAACGUCUUCUAGUUUUGGUUUAUCUGACAAUAAUUUUUGAAUUAUUUUCGUUUAAGAAUUUAUUUCUAUUCGCAUUUGAAAUUUUUACGAGAAAUUGCUCAAUUUUCUGGAAUACAGCAGUUGCGAAAGUAUCUUGUCUCCCACAAAUCGUGAAUGCAAAAAUCUAUCCUCUAAAAGAUUUAACGGUAAUUUUUUAUUGAACUUCGAUUAAAUGUAAGAUCAGCGUUUUCAUUUGAAUUGAGAAAGUCUCAAAAAUCGAAUAGAUAAGGAAGCGAUAUUAAAAUAUUUAAAAUUCACCAAAAUUUUCGAAAGCAUAAAUUUGGCUGGAGUUCAAAGAGAGAAGUAAAGAGAGUUCUAGUGCCAGGGAAAGAAAAAUUCCAGUGCCGGCAUCGAAUUUUUCUCCCAUUGAAUAAAAUAAUUAAAAAAAUAUUUGCCCAAAUUCCCUGAAGUCGAACUCUAACAGCAGUAGAAUUAAAAAAAAUAAUUCCCCAAGUCACCAGACUCUAUAAUAGUAUUAUUCCAUAUUAAUCCCCUCAACCUAAUGUAAAUAAUUGUAUAGAAAAAUAUUUAUAAUUGAUAAUUGAUAAAGAGAGACUGUUUGUAUAAUGAUGGGUAUCACAGGGCAGUAGUAUUCGAGGGUUUCGAACAGGUGUUGACCAAUUGAUUGUCCAAUGAAUUAACCGAUAACUCAAUAAUUCAAUCGAAAAACGAGACAUAAAAAUAAUGACUCGAAUUAACAAUUUCGUUAAAUAAAUGAAUAAUUCCACCGCUAUGUUGUAAAUUUUACUCUCGGAGAAUUCAUCUUCGAGAGUAAAACCAUUUUGUAAACAAAAUAAUUCAUAACAAUUGAAAUAAUUCAUCCGGAAUAACGAGAAUCAUUUCAAUUGAAUAAUUAGUCGCUCUCGCAAUGAUCAAGUUCCAUUAAAUGGAGUGUCAGGUAAUAAAUUGUUGUAAAUUCAUUUGUUCAAAUACAUUUGUAAUAUGUAUAUAGUCGAUGUAUAUGGGUUUUAGAUAAACGUAUGUUGUAUCGAAAAUUGGAAGAAUUGGGCGAGAAAGGGGUAGGGGAGAUAUUUAUGAUUUGUUGAUAUAUUUUUAUAAACUUUUAUUUAGAGAAUAAGUUUCCUUCCGCUUCCUCUGUCAGUAUCUAUUAUUCGGGCGUUUCUACUCUUCCCUAUAAUUCAUGUAGAAACAGUUAAAAUUGUCGUACUGCACUCACAGUUGGAAAUUUCUCAUUAGAAUUCCGAGUCGAAUUGGAAAUUUAGAAAUAAAUUCUACAAAAUCGUCAAUAUCUGGAUUUGAAAAUUUUUUAUCGCAAUUUUGUAGAGUGCAUUGGUGCACUAAUCAAAUUUUACUCGCGAUAUCGUAAAAACGUAAAAAUCCAUCUGUUGAAAUCCAGAAUUAUUCGAUAAUUCGUCGACUCCUUGGAGAAUUCAAAUUGGAAAUUUCCGCCAGUGCAUUUACCUUAACAAUUUCUGUAAUGGAAUUUCCUCGACCCUCAUGUACAUAAAGAAAUGUUCGUCUACAGUUAUAAAAAAAUCUCCGUAAACUGUUACGAGGAUUCGUUGAUAAUAAGAAUAAACAAUAAACAAAGAGUAAAUUAAUAUAAUUUGCAUUGUACUUUAAGAAACCAUAAAUUCCAAAAAUAGGGCCACAUGAUUUGUGAGGAUUAGAAAAUAGAGUGGAAUGUCAAUUUUAAAAUGGUACGAAGGAGAAAAGAGUUGAGAGUGCUGAUUACCUCGGAAAUAAUCAAUGCCCCUGUUUAAAGGAAUAAAAGAAGGGCCGGUAGGGGGGAGGGGGGAGGUGAAAAUAAAUGAAGAACAAGUAAAAACCGCUUUACAACGUGCAGUUGAUGAAAACAUUUCCAGAUGCGAGUGCAGUCCAGCCCUGGAUCGCGCUCACUAUUUACCAAGCAAAAUCCAGCAGAAAAACCGGGGAAAAAAAUAAACAAAGGUAAAAAAUUAACCAGAUGUCAAAUACACUCACAGCAAAAAAAAAAAGUAUGAUAAAAAUGAACAACGCGAUUUCAGUGAGAUGAUAUUGCCGCACACAAACUGGUAGUUUACUUUUUCAAUCCAGUUGAAAAGCUCGAUACGCGAGUCAAUUUCAGUAAUGAAACGUAUCGCCAUAGAGAAAACGGAAGGGGUUUUCAUUUCCUUGAGAGACUUCUGAGAAAAAUAGGUGACACACUAAAACCAGAGAGAUUACAGAGGCUGCUGUGUUGCACAUGUGUAUUUCAAAACUUAUCCAACACUAUAUUUUAAUUGAUCUGAUAAUUCAAGUUAACCGAAUAAUUGAUUUAACAGAUGUUUAACAAUGCCCACGGAUUUUCAUUGAAAUGUUAACUUUAGGAUCUCAGAGUGAAGUCUUCAAUUCAGGGAAAUAUUUAACGACUUGAUCAUUCGGAAUUUUUCAGAAUAAUCUAUAAAGCGAUCUAAAGUUAUUGUAAAUAAAUUAAUAUAAAAAAAUGGUGUGAUGAGACGUGUACAGAGGGCCUAUAAAUUAAUGAAGAGAACCGAAAGUAAAUGAUUUACCCAAAACAAUAAAAUCCAUCGAUACCGAUGUAAUUAAAAUGUGUCAAAUUCAGCACAAAUAGUCACAAUUUGACUGUACUAAUUAACUAGUUGAUAACAGAGAACUGCCAAUUUGGUGUGUAUAAAUAAAUAAAUAAAUUGAUGUAUAAAUAAAUGAAGAGAGCUAGUAUUAUAUACUCGAUGAAAAA